UCUGAAAGGCUGCAAGUUGUAGUUUUGUUUUGAUCGGCAAAACUGACCUGAGUUGGCUUGGAUGAGAAAGAUAAAGGAGGAUUCGCAGAGGUGGAUUCGCAGAGUCAUUUCCCUACCUAGUCGACUUGUCUGUAUAUGAAGGACAGCCACAAAGCUUGGAGACAACCCAAUGAAGUGACUUCUGCCUCAACAUGGACAAGGCACAGGAGAAAAUGGAAGUAGACUUGGAGCUGCUGUCGAGUGCCACCACCAAAGAGGGCAACAUCCUGAAAAGAUCCAACAGGGAACCUUGGAUCUGUGGGCUCGGUAAUGAUUCACAAGUGUUGCAUGCUGAAUCAUUAAAAACUAGAAGAAAUAGUACAACAUUUGUGACACCACACUGUCCGACUUCUAUUCGUCGUCUUCAGCAAAUCAAACAGGAAGAAGCCAUGGAUUUAGUAAACAGAGAAGUAGCGCAUGAGUGGGAGGUACAAGCAUCAAUACAUAUAAGUCGGUCUUGGGCAGAACAUUUGAACCUGGUGAAAUGGUAUUUGAAGAUCAGUGGAAGAGACCUUUCCCAGACAUGACCAACAUAUCUUCUGAGACUACCCAGCAACCAGAUAGGAAUGUGUAUCUAUCAUCAGAUUCUUUUGGUGAAAACAGCAAUGUUGGAUCUUCUUGUACCUCGCCAACUAAAAUCAACACUGUCACAAACUCUCCUUUGUCACUUGAUCCUAGUACUCCAUUUAUCUGGUAGACAGAUUUUCAGCUAUGAUUCACCCAUCCUAGGACUUUCUCACGAAUGGAGAAACACACAUGCUACCCAGAAGACAGUGAUUGCUGAGGCGCCCAGCAGUGUUCUCUGCCACCUGAGGAGUUUCCGGGUCAUAUAA